GCCACCCGCCGCUGGGGUGAGAUUUAUUUUGUGGAUUCUCGACUUGCCUCGCCCCGGAGACGAGAUCCGUCUGGGCCACGCAGUUUAGUUUGUUUCUGUUUCAGUUUCAAUUUUUUGCCAUAAAUAGCGAGCGGCGAUCCAGUGGACAGCAUUCGAGUGCCACACUUCGAGACGCACAACUCAAAUCCAACCAAAAGGCUACAGCAAGAUGAAGGUGUUCCUGGUACUCUGCGCCCUGGUGGCCUGUGUCUCGGCCGGCGUCGUCCGCAGCUCCUCUGGCUGGGGAUCGAGUCCUUGGGGUGGGAGCAGUAGCAGCGGCUGGAAUAGCGGCGGAGGAUGGAACAGCGGCUGGUCCUCGCAGCCGCAGGUGAUCAAGGUCAUCAAGAUUGGCGGCGGAGGUGGAGGAUGGAGCGGUGGCAACUCGGGAUGGGGUGGUAACUCCGGCUGGGGAGGUGGCAGCUCAGGUUGGACCAGUGGCAACUCAGGCUGGGGAGGUGGCAACUCGGGUUGGACCAGUGGCAACUCAGGCUGGGGAGGUGGCAACUCUGGCUGGACCAGUGGCAACUCAGGCUGGGCCAGUUCCGGCUCCAACAGCGGCUGGUGGUAA